UUGUUUUUUUGUUUUUUUCUUUCUAAAAGCACAUAUUUCUGGAAGUAUUUUAAAAGCUUUGGAAAGGAAACUCUCCCCAGAAAAAAGAUCUUAGAAUAUACAACAUAUAGACAUCUGUUGUUAUAGGUUUGACUAAUUAGACAAUGAUAAUAACAAUCUCAGACUGUAAUAAACACAAGCCAAUUCAACACUAUAUAAGGUAGAUCGAAUUUCCUCCGGUAAAUUUAGAAUUAUGUGUGUUGGUCGAUAUAUCUAUCAUACUUCUACAUUGUAUCAUUAGAUUUUUGAGGAAUUUUUCAUACAAAACAUUGGUGUAAUAAUGUAUACAAUGACGUAGAUUAAAAAGGGUGUAUCAGAUCAUAUAAGAAAGAAACCAUCAUUAAUAUAUCUUAUUUCUGGGUUAAAAUAAUUCUUCCGUACCCCUUGAUUGUUGUAAGAGGCGACAAACUGCGACGGUCUUUCGGAUGAGACCGUAAAAACGGAGGCCCCGUAUUUGUCGUGAACAACAGAAGUGGCACGAUAAAGAAACCUCCCUACUCAAAGGCCGUAAGCGCCAAGCAUAUGCCUAAAUUUUACAGUUCUUCACCGGCAAUGGUGACGUCUCCAUCCGAUUGAACAAUUUUCGAGAGGGACGUUUAACAAUAUUCAAUCAAUCCUUUUUCAUAGUUUUACCUCAUAUUGUGCAAUUGAUCAAAGAGUGAACAUUUUCGCUGUGUUUUGGUCUGUAAACAUAUCUUCCCCUGUGAAACAACAAAAAAUUCCUAAAUAACAAUUUAUAAUACCUGUAAAAAGCAAUUUGUGUUUCACAGGGGGAAAGAUGUUUUUUUUUGUUUUUUGUUUUUUUUUUAAGUUUUCCGUUGAUUUCUAUAUCGCAAUACAUGAUUUUAAUUCAAAUGAUAUUUAUCUCUCUUUGUUUUGUGAAAUGUCUGAACCUGCGGUUCCUCUCGUACUGAGCAGGAUUACCAUAGCAACGACUGCAGUCAUCAGUAGGUAAAUAAUUCAACUUUAAUGAAAAUCCCUAUAGGUAUCUAUGUUGACACAAAAAGUCAUUUAAAAUGAUAACUUUUUAAGAAUUUACCUGAAGGCAGGCGGCAGAACAAUACUAUCUUUCGCAGAUUUUUGCAUCUGCUAUUAAAAAAUUAGUGGAUUCAUCUGCAUUGGGUUCUAAAAAUUAUUCUUAUUUUUACACAAAGACUUUAAUGUGGUAUUUCAUUAUUGAAUAUAUUUUUGUGCCUCUGGUAUGAAUUAAAGCCUUCUCCGCGCGAACAUAUUUUAAUUCUGUAAACAACAUUGAUUAUUGUCGCACUGUGCAGACCGUAGUUGAUGAAAACCUUAGCAACCUGCCAAACCGAACAACCGACAGUGUAAUUCUCAUGAAUAGAAUAAUCAAACAAGGCGUUGCUAGAAUUAUAGUUUUAACGUGUGUUAUUGCAGCUGUAUAUGUUUUCGUUAAAGCGAGAUUGAAUGAAAUUUAUCGGGAAGGAAUCAAACGCGACAACGAGUUGUCGUUCAUUAAACGAAGGAACGAGGAUUUGGAAGCGAAAGUACAAAAGUUGAAAGUGCACCGGAAGCUUUUCCCGAGUUGUUCAGAAAUUUUGAGAUAUGACGCAGGAGCCAGAGGCGAGGACGGCGUCUAUCCAAUCUACACAGGUCUGGGAGUGAAGGCAGUGUACUGUGACAUGAGUACAAAUGGUGGGGGCUGGACGGUCAUUCAACGGAGGCAGGAUGAUUCAACAGACUUUUAUCGGACAUGGGACGAGUAUAGACAAGGAUUUGGUGACCCUUCUAAUAACUAUUGGAUUGGAAAUGACGCACUUUAUGGGAUGACAAAAAUGGCGCACCAAGAGCUUCGUAUUGACCUUGAAAGUUUUGAUGGCAACAGAGUACAUGCUCAAUAUUCCACGUUCUCGGUUGGCAAUGAAUCUAGUAAAUACAAAGUUACCGUGUCGGGGUAUUCCGGAACAGCAGGUAAUAGUUUGGAGGUUCAUGAUGGAAUGAAGUUUUCUACAUUCGAUAAAGACAACGACAAUUGGAUUGGUGGUAACUACGCGGAAUUAGAACACGGAGCCUGGUGGUACAACGACUGCAUUGGUGAAUCGAAUCUGAACGGGGAAUACCCCGAAUCUGCUAUGUUUGGUGCGCGGUUCAUUCACUGGUAUGGAUGGAAGGAAUUAACGGCGUUAAAAGAAACCCUGAUGAUGAUUAGAACCAAAGGUUAAUGGAACUUACAACAUUGUUCUAAAAAUAGCAAAAUCAUCAUCCCUGUUUGUUUUUGUCGUUUUUGUAAUAUGCAAUGCCAAAUGAAUGUCGAUAACUAGAGUAGGGUAUCUUUGUUUGAUGGUCAUACACAUAACAUGUGAAAGUGAAUGGGGAAAAGUAAAACUGACCAUGUGCGGAAUGAAUAGAACGCAGAACAAACUUAAGCAGUUCACUUUAAAGACUGGCUACUAUAGCCCUUUUCACUGAUGCAAAAGUAUCAUAAAGAUGAAAACUUGAAAAUUUUGUAAUUGCUUUAUAAUUCUUCGCUGAAAUAUUUCUGAGUAAAGAAAACAAGAACAGUAUGUUCAAACAUGCAGAUAAGUACAUGUAUAAGGAAAAUAGACGGGUUUUUUAAUCUCAAUUGCGUAGUUUUGGGAAAGGUCAACGGUCUUAAUGGAAUUCAGUGAUAAGGUGUCAACGUGUGAAAUAUCAGAUUUUAUUCCGUGCAGACACUUAGUUCUUUUAAGAUAUGAAUACUGUAUUGUGCUGUUCCUAUGUGCUAAAUAAAACAUUUCUUCUCUGUAGAUCAUGUGAUCUUGA